GUUUUAAACCGGCCCGCCCGGGCAUGAUCCAGCGCGGAACCACCUGCAAGUUGGCCAGCCUGCCUCACCACGUAGAUUCGGCGUGACCCUCGCCGGGGCUCGAAAACGCCGUAUACGUCCCUGACGCCGUGUACGUGGCUCUGCCGUUCGCUCUCACAGACGACUCUGUGUGUGUGUGUGUGUGUGCGUGUGUGUAUGUGUGUGUAUGUGUGUGCGAGUUUAACUUUCUCCCGUGAUAUUUCUCUACGCGAUUAUUGAUUAUUUCUCACGAAAUUUUAUCCUACACUCUCGGUCUCGUCGUUCGCGAGUCGUAGAAACCCAAUCGUUCAUUCCCGUCGGGUCCUUCGACGAGACCGGCGAAGUCCCGGGAGCGAGGAAUCGUUGUGGAAGGACGAGGCGAGAAAAAGGGCGAGAGGAAGGGGGAGUCGCAGGGUCUCCGUUGACGAAUGAAUCCGGUAUACGUCGGAUGCUCGGUGGUCGAAGCCCCCGUUCACGCGACACCCCUUAGCCGUGGGCUGCGUGCCGGCACGUGCGCGGUGCGCCGAGGCGCGCGUGCUACACCUCCUGUCAGACUCGCUCGUCCGCCGCGCCGCAGGACGACUACCCUCCGGGGCCGUGGAAAACAGUGGAAAAGCCGGAGUCGGUGCCGUCGCGUUCUCCGUGACCGCGCGGCAGUCAGCAUCAGCCAGCAGCACCGCUCUCUCUCCUCGAGCGCCGUCGGAGGACGAGCCUCUGCGGAGGGAUCGCGCGCUCACGCGGAAGGAAGUCGCGAAGGGCGGCGCACACGUGUGCACGUGAGCAAGGGAAAACGAGAGACCGUCCUGGGGAAGCAGCAGGGAGACAACCGCCGCUCUCUCUCUCUCUCUCUCUCUCUCUCUUUCUCUCUCUCUCUCUCUCUCUCUCUCGAUUUUUCACUCUCCUCCGAAGUCCCAAAGAGAUUCGCGGCCACGUGUCGUACGGACGAGCGGCACGUGUCGUUCUGCACGCGCGAUUAACACGCACGAGGUCGCGCUAGCUAUCGGCGCGUCGUAGACGUCGGAGACGCGUGCGGAGUCCACGCAGCGGAGCCGUCGACGACGCUCGCUCGCUCGCUCGCGAGGACGGCCGGAAUCGAUGCGGCGAGUCGGGAGCGCCGAGCAGUCAGCACGCGACAGCAUCGUCUGCUCGAGUCCUGCGACGUGCCGCCGUGCUUGAGAGACGACGGCGCCGAGGGGAGCGCUCUCGCCAUCCGCCAGGACCAAAGACGUCUCCUGGAGCGCUCGAGCCGGGACCAUCGCGGUUCCUCUUGCAACAGGGCGGGAAGAGACGGUAAUCGACGAAACACUACUGACGCAAGCUGGAGAAUCGUUCGACCUUAGUGACCUGGGUAUGGUCUUAGCAGCGACGGCGGGGCGAUGACGCUCAACCACCGUCCGCCGUCAUCAGCAGGAGUCCCUCAGGACUCACCCAGCUUCCUGCUCCCGGUCCCGAUCCCAGUCCCGAAGCCAAUCUCCGACAAUAGCCGCUGCUCGGCGCGGAACGUCGUGAAAACGUGCGCUACAACUGGCAGGCGGCAUGAGAGAUCGCUCUCAUCAUUACCGAGAUCAUCACGGACACGCCAUGCCCCUCGAGGAGGUUCAAGGAUUGUUACUUCCACCCUCCAGAACAGGUAACCGGGGACCUCUGAAUGUGACGAUUGUACAGGUCGGCAGAGGAAAUGGAGGCGGUGAAGACGGCGGAAGUGAUUUACUGAGAUUGGAGCCGCCGUCGGAUUUAAGACCGGCACCGUCGCCCCUAUCUGACACCAGUGCUACCUUGCAGUCUGACAACAAUGACACCUUGGCCGGAGGUGUCGAUCCAAGGCUAUUGCUGGGAACCGGUGGCGACCGUAACACUUGGGAAGGGCGUUACCACGUGAAGGAGCACCGGCGUGCUGGAAAAGCUACCUUCCAGGGUCAAGUUUACAAUUUCCUGGAGCGUCCCACCGGCUGGAAGUGCUUCCUAUAUCACUUCUCUGUGUAA